AUGAACCCCCUAUAUCCAUUGGAGCCUGCUGGCAAGAACAUCUGGUUAUAUCACCCGUCCACGACGGGCAAUCGCACCAUUCCCAAUGGAAACCCAGCACUCGUUGUUAUGUGCACCUGGUUGGGCGGUGCAACGCCUCGACGGAUAAGCAAAUACGUGGGCUAUCACCGUCAGCUCUUCCCCGGGUCUGCUAUCCUUCUUAUCAUGACCGACAUGAUUGAUAUCACUGUUCGCUCGUUCAGCGCUAUUCGGGCUCGAUUGCAGGCGGCACGGAAAGUCAUUCGCCAGAUUCUAGGUCAAGACGCAGGCGAUGUCGAGAAAAACCCUAACGGAGUUCUCCUGCAUAUAUUCUCUCACGGCGGCAGCAACACUGCCAUCCAAUUGAUUCUCUCCAUGCAGGAUCCCGGGCAUCCAAGCGGCAUUUGCAGACUCCCAUUACAGGGAAUCGUCUUCGACAGCUGCCCCGGAGACACAACCUUCAUGCGCAACUACCAAGCCAGCGUCUACUCCCUACCGCCGGCGUCCCUGCCCAUCCAUUUAAUGAGCAAGGCAUUGCUCUUCCCCACAAUAGGGGUAAUAACCGGGCUCCAGACUCUAGGCAUCACAAGCCCCAUCAGCAAGAUGCAGAAGCAGUUGAAUGAUAGCCUGGUGAUCUCUUCUCGUGUACCGCGGUUAUAUCUCUUCUCGAAAGCGGAUGAGACGAUUCGAUGGGAGGAGGUGCAGGCUCAUCUCGACGACGCAAGGAUCCGAGGGUAUAAUGUGUCAAGUGUGGUAUUUCAUAAAAGCCCGCAUUGUGCUUUGAUAGUUGAAGACGAGAAGCGGUAUUGGGGUGCUAUCCAGCAGUUCUGGGAGCAGAUUCUCAAGACGAGUACCUUGGCGGACGUAGUCAAGGGCGAGGCGGAGUUCGCGCUGGUUAACCCAACGGGUAUUCGGGAGAGCAGAUUAUGA